CGAGGCUAUGCGCCCUCUUAGCCUUCACAUUUCUGCUCUCAGCAAUGAGGAAUACGACUUUUAUACUACUUCGUUCAUCAACCUCGCAGACGUACCGGACUCCGACAAUCCCCUCAAGACGACGCGUUACGAGGAUGUUCACGUUGGUGUUCGCGAGGCAAGAGGUUGGAUGAAGGGAAAGUACUCGGAUCUUCGUGGCUCUGAUAUAGAUGCAAUCCUAAAGUUGUUCUGUCCGAGCAUGCUUUCGUCCAACUGGCUUUCAGGGUCUCAGUUCUUUGCAGCACUUAGGAUUGCUGUUCACCUUCGAGAGGGAAAGGCAUUUGAUCGCGAACUCGCGUUUGUGCAGGCCCAUCCAAAGGCCGACAAUCCCAAGGCUUUGCCUGAGGCAUCACGAGUAAAGAAGCAGCCGAGAACCCCACGGUCGUCUCAGCCCUACUUACACGCGAGAGACGCGUCCCCAGACGUCAUUGUCAUUGAGAGCUCGCCCUCGCCCUCGGCGGCCAAGGCCCCCCACGCUCCUCACGCAGGCGAAGACCAUGAGGAUCGGGCUUCACCUACAGAACCGAAGGCCUACGAUGCUCGUCCCGCAUCUACGUCUCCAACCCUCUUUCCAAGAACCAGACGUCGUAUGCCACCGGGGAGUAGCCCAAUGCCAAGAGAACUACCCAAGAAGCGUCGCGGACGUCAAUCUAACACUGAUUUCCGUUCAAUGCAGCCUACACAAGAGCAAUCGUUUGUGAACGAGGGCUCUUCUACUACAACACAGGUUUCUGCAGCUGUUCCUGGUGCGGCUCAUCGCAAUUCGCGAACGCACAUGAAGGAAGGUAAAGAAAUCAUGACCGACAAACCUCAGUCUUUGCCUACGGAUGCACGCCGUACCAUCUCUAAACCGUUCAUUGCAAGCAAUAACUCGAGUAAAGGGAUGAGCAAAAAGCGUCGGCGGGCUUCCUCAUCUUCCAGUAGCAGCAGCGACUCCGACUUCCGCCCUUCCUCAAGACCUGCACUGGAGAAGCGUCGUGGAAAUCAUGUGAAAAAGCCGCUCGUCCAAAUGAAGUGGAAUGGUGAAAGCGACGAGCGGUGCGACGCGUGCAAGAAGUCCGGCGACCAGUGUUGGAGAGUUGUGGAGAGAGCGUGUAAUCUUUGCGUUCAGCGAAAGUGUGCGUGUAAUUUGAAGAAAGCGAUGUCGGGUCCUCGCCCCAGGAAGGUCAGAUUAUAAUCUACCACAAGGAAAGCCAAACCUAGUAGAGCGCUUCAUUCAUGUCCAAUACUGAACCAUUGUGGCGGCCACUAGGCGACUUUGGACGUAUCGCAUGCAGUAAGAAGGCUGUUUUCUUAUAAUAUUUCGCUCACAAGAACAUAAUUAUACUCGUAUGCUUGCUUCCUUUUGAAUGUAUACCGUAUCAGCCACAUACACGGUUUGAUUUAUUCAGAAGAUUACUUUGACGUACUAAACCGUGCCGUAAUGCUAUGGUUUCC